UGAUUGCCAUUAGAAACAUGUCUUAGUGCGUUUUUUUCUUUUUUUUUUUUGUAGAUGCACUACAGUGAUACUUUGUGUGAUUAAUUAAUCGUAAUUUUGUAUAAAAAAUGACGCUAGCAUGGGUGACAUGGAUUCCGAUAGGCCUGUUUGUAUUAAUAGCGGCUACUUUUAUUACAUCGUACAGUAUAGCAGUUGGGUUAGGUCAUGUGAAUGCGUUUCUUCCUUAUAUUAGUGAUACGGGUACAUUACCACCAGAAAGUUGUAUUUUUGGUCAAUUCCUUAAUAUCGCAGGAUUCAUUACAUGCAUUUUAGCAUAUAUACGUUAUUUACAAAUAAGAGAAUUAAACAAUCGAUUUAGAUUUACAAAAUGUGUCCAAAAGUUAAAUCGUUGGGGUAUAUGGGCUGGUUUUCUAACUGGCUUGGGCAUUUCUAUGGUUGGUAAUUUUCAAGAAACCAAUGAUAUAGCAAUGCAUUUAGUUGGUGCAAAUUUAGCAUUUGGUGUUGGCACAAUAUAUUUUUGUAUACAAUGUGCCAUUUCGUAUAAGACAGUGCCAAUAACUUGUAACAAAUUAUUAUGCCAUUUUCGUCUUGUGUUAUCUAUUUACUGUAUUAUUGGAUACUUUGGCGUGUUUACAUUUGCAUAUCUUUCAUUCAAUGCAAAACCAGGUUCGAUAGAAGAUAAUUUAAAGUGGACAUCAGAUAUGCCAGGGUUUGGCUAUCACUUAGCCAGUACGAUAAUGGAGUGGUUACUGGCCCUUGCGUUCAUAACGUACAUACUAACGGUAACUCCAGAAUUUAGAUAUAUUGGCAUUCGUGAGCCACAAGUUGAAGUAUUGAUAUCAGAUGAAAUAUUGGCAAGAAUUACUCCACCAAAUCAAAGUAAAUGAUCAAGGCCUUUUAUAGAGGAUGAUGACCAGAUGAUAAGUGUGAUUAGUGAAACUAGUGACGAUGAACUUUUAAAUGACGAUACACAAAUUCCAUCAACGUCUAAUCACCAUCCUUCUAAUAAUUAUUCAAAUAACAAGGAUCAAACAACAGUGACUAUUUCAACAAUUGAUGGUAAUGAUUUAGUACCCAAAAAAUUAAUUUCACUAUCGUUAUCAUUACUUUUAGCAGCAAUUUUACAAGCGGUACGUUGUUUGACUAAUAUAUUAGAUGAUGCUUUUCAUUGAAUUUAUAUGAAAUAAAUCAAAUUCAUAGAAUUCUGUUAAAUAUAGACUGAUAAUACAGUAGAAUUGUGACCCCAUAUAUUGCUAAUGUAAAUAAAUUGGUGGGAGUAUUGUAAAUAAAAAUUAAUGUAUAUAAUAGUAUUGUAUAUAACCCAACUACUCGGUUUAUUUACAAUAGACUUAAAUAGCAUACGUGAUCUUUUUUUUGUCAUUUUCUUUGAUCCAGUGACCUUCUUCUAAUUUUGGGUUUAUAUUGUUGUUUAUAUGUGUAGAACAAGGAUAUUAAACCAAAGAUAAGGACAAACACACAUGAUGUAUGUGACAGUCGUGACACGAUACAGUUCGUGCAUCUCACCACCCGACGCCAUAUUGGAAAAAUCGAAUCAAUUAAGAAUAGAGAAAUGCGCACUGACAGAUGUAAAUAACCAACUUCAACCAAAAUGGCAGUGGCUGGUGAGAAGAGCGGAGAAAAUCAACUUAGAGUGAAUCUACAAGAACAUACCUUGUUUAAUUGUACCAUGAUUUACUGUAUAUAAAGAAAUGAUGACCGCAUUGUGAUCUGCCGAUGUGAUUUUUAUAAUUGAGAAGCCAUGUUGCUAGUCUAUAUUUAAUAUGUCUAUGGUCAAAUCUUUAUGUUAUAUGCACUUUAUUUUCAAGUAUUUUGUACUACUGUGCUGUAUAACAUUUAAUAAUAAAAAUUUUAGCUCUACUUGUUUAUUGGACGUACAAGAAAGUGUAAACAAGUUUUUUGAAUAAUGUUUCAUAAAAUAUACCACCUA